UUAGCAGUGCAACAUUGUUUUCUACAAAUCACUGUGUGAUAGUUGUAAUAUUUACUUCGCUGAUGGAAUGGUAACGCAGAAAACAUGAGAAACUUCGUCGUAGUGCCGGGCUCGAGAUACAAUCUAAAAAUAAUCACUGCUAUCAACUAGCGUCAGUUUAUCUAUAAGUAAAGUCUAUCACGAGCCGGGUGUGAUCGCGUAGAAAGUUACGUUCUAGAUAUAAGAGCAAUUAGUUGCAGCUGGUGCACCUUUCGAUCCGGUAGUGGGCCAAGUAGAGUAGAGAGUGAAGUGAUGAUCCAGAACCAAGAUGAGAGUGAGCCCCUGUUGGCGAAGGGCACGUACGGAAGUAUCGAACCGUCACCGCUUCCGGGGCCGUCGGAUUGGACUUUGUACGGUGAUGGUACCGGGAAGAAGCGUAGUGAGUGGUGCGAUCGACUGUCGAAAGUUUUCAUCAUCCCGCAGCGGGUGGUGCUGGCGAUCUUCGGCUUCCUGGCGAUCCUCAAUGCGUACACGAUGCGAAUCUGCCUGUCGAUCGCCAUCACCGAGAUGGUCAACAAGACGGGCAGCAUCGACCACGACGAGGGCGUCUGCCCGAUCGACGACGACGCCAACCCGGAUGACUUCACCGGCGGCGAGUUCAACUGGGACCAGGAGCUGCAGGGCGUGAUCCUGUCCUCGUUUUACUGGGGUUACGUGUUGACGCACUUGCCCGGGGGGAUUUUGGCGGAAAAGUUCGGCGGCAAGUGGACGCUCAGCUUGGGAAUUUUGUCGACGGCGUUCUUCACGUUGAUCACGCCGUGGGCUGUGAAUUUGGGCGGUUCGACGGCACUGAUCGUGAUUCGGGUCAUGAUGGGACUGGGCGAGGGAACGACGUUUCCGGCGUUGAGUGCUCUGCUGGCUUCGUGGAUUCCGUUGAAGGAACGUAGCAAGCUCGGAUCGCUGGUCUUUGGAGGUGGUCUGGUUGGCACGAUCGUGGGGAACCUCGUGUCCGGGCUGUUGCUGCACAACAUUGAAGGAUGGUCGUCGGUGUUUUACUUCUUCGGAGGACUUGGAAUUUUCUGGUUCGUGCUGUUUACCCUGCUCUGCUACAGUGACCCGGAGUCGCACCCCUUCAUCAGCGACAAGGAGAAGGCGUACCUCAAGCAAGAGAUGGGAGUCCUGUCCCGAGACAAGACCCUCCCGCCGACUCCGUGGCGUCACAUCCUGACCAGUGUCCCGAUGAUCGGGCUGGUUUGUGCCCAGAUCGGUCACGAUUGGGGCUUCUUCAUCAUGGUCACCGAUCUGCCCAAGUACAUGAGCGAUGUGCUGCGCUUCUCGAUCAAGGACAACGGGCUGUACUCGUCGCUGCCGUACCUGCUGAUGUGGAUCGUGGCUCUGUCGACGGGAGUGUUGAGUGAUUGGCUGAUCUCGACCGGCCGGAUGACGAUCACCUUUGGAAGAAAAUUGUUCACCACGAUUGCCUCUGCCGGUCCGGCCUUCUUCAUCGUGGGCGCCUCGUACGCCGGCUGCGACCGUGCCCUGGUGGUGGCACUCUUCACCCUCGCCAUGGGCUUCAUGGGCACCUUCUACCCGGGCAUGAAGGUCAACCCGCUCGAUCUGAGCCCUAACUACGCGGGCAGCCUGAUGGCCGUCACGAACGGAAUCGGUGCCAUCACCGGGAUCAUCGUGCCGUACGUGGUCGGAAUUAUGACGCCAAACCACUCGAUCGAGGAGUGGCGCCUGGUGUUCUGGAUCGCGUUCGCCGUCUUCCACGUGACCAACCUGGCGUACGUGAUGUGGGCCUCCGGCGAGGUCCAACCGUGGAAUACACCCCACCUGAUGAACAAGUCCGUGGAGUCGGGUGACCUCAAGCAGCAGGACACCUACAGUGAGAAGGCGGUGCCGGCGGCCAUCAAGGCGUCCCAGUGAAGCGCCUGUGUGCGGUUUAUGCUAAGUUAUUUACGUUGGCCAGUUCCGAGGCCGGUUGGCCUGGUGCCAACGGGGAACCUACCUUGCUUCCUUUUGUGGAAGUAGUUACUAUUAGAGUUUAAACAGAUAUUAUAUUUGCAAUAGAAGAAGAAGCUCAAGGCCAAGUAUUACGAAUUUAAGGACCGGAAGUGGUCCAUCACCAUCACCCUCCUUUUGAGCAGCAUUUAAUCGAAAUGUCGAGGUGAUAACAAGUCAGUCAACCUGGCGCGCGAAAAGCUGGAUGGCAUUGAGGACGGUGCGUAAAAUGUUUCGCGAGAUGUCAAGAAACGUGCACAUAUAAAUUCUUUGCGCAAUCGUCGUGAAUGCAGAGAGACGGGAGGUUAAGGAGAGUUGGUUUUUUUAAGCAAGAUUUAAAGUGCACCCAAACACAGGUGGCCAUGGCGGCGCAGUAGGCUUGUGAGGAACGAUUUCUGUGACGGUGCCAUAGUGGAGCUGAAGGAAGUUUUUUUUUUCUCAAGGGAAGCAUAUCCAAGGAGGCCAGUGAUAAGUGCACUUGAAGUUUCGUAAUUUGCAAAUAUUUAUAUUUAUCCGUUUUUAUGUUUAAGCUGUAAACGACAAUAAGUUGUUAAAGUGCCGUUUGCUAAAUAAAAUAACCCAAUUUUAGUGGGAACUUAUCAAAUCAUAAAUGAAACAAAAGUGAAACAAUCAAAACAGGUGAACCAGAACCCGCAUUCCACUUUCAAACAAAUGGCAUUGAACUGAAUGUUUUGUUUCCCUGCCUCUAUUCUACAUGUAUUUUAAAUAAGUGUAAAGAUGUUAUUCAUAAAUAAACGUAAUUGUGAUUGUA